UAGGGGACAGCUCUGGUGAGACACACUGGACUUGAAUGAUAAGGAACUGUAGCUGCCUUCCAACAAUGUUAAAACCGUUCUUUUUUAUACAGUCUAUAACAAAGUAACGUAUUAUCUCUCAUGUGUAUUUGUGAUAGAUCGAGGCAAACUAUUGGCUACUUAUAAAGACUCAAACUUCGGUAUUUGUACCCUAGUGAUUCGCGGACCGGAUAACAAGCGGUUACUGUGCGGGACAGUGGCGAUUCAGAGAGGAACCAAGAUAUCAAUCCCUUAGGUCCUCUCUACCUUUGCUCUCUCCUCAGUGAGAGUCAUCACAACUGUAGUGGAGGCCAUGCUCGCCAACUAACUCAUGAAGACAAUGAUCCUGUCUGCAAUGCUAACAUUCCUGGUGCAUAUCCUCAUCAUCUACCAUGGUGUUGUGUCUGUGGAGCCUAUGCAAGAAUCCCCCCAUGGAGAUGUUCUAGACCUCCCCUGGCAGACAGAGCUCUGCUGUGCCUCACCCCCAGCCCAGCUUCAUCAUGGGGGAGAGGGAGAGGACGAGGGGUCUGCGGGGUCCAGGAGGGCACCAUCUGAUCCGGGACACCCACACACACCCCAGUGCCUCUUUAGGAACUCCACAAGCACACUAAUACCUCCCCAGGAGACAAAUCCCAGUGGAGCCACCUGUUGGGACAUCAUGUGUCGUGUCGAUGAGACUUGGGAAAAUGUCAUAUGUGAUCUAAAGCACCGCGCCACUUCUUCAGACACCUCCACUCCUGGGUUGGUGACAAUUUGCUUGCAGCGCUUGGUAUCACAGCCUGACAGUGAGGUAAACACCACGCAUGGGACUGACAGCACGGACUGUGUGGGAAAGGAUUCCGUCACCUGUUCUAUCGUCACCCUCGCGGUCAGCAGUAUCGUCGUUGUAACAGCCAACGUGUCAAACACCACAGCAGGUCCCCUGAUAGUUCUCAUCGUCCCUCCGCGUCUCGGUAAACCAAGCCCACCAGUGAACCUAACACACACCCAGAACGCAGAGGGAGAGCUAGUUCUGAGAUGGAGCAACCCACAGCCCCAUGCCAGCCUUGUCCCACUGAGCUAUGAGGUCCGAUACAUUACCUCCCACAACACCUCUAACCCCAACUGGAAGCAUGUGGAGGUGACUGGAGACCAGUGGGUGUCUCUGACUGGAUUGAGGGCAGGUCUGCACUACAUUGUACAGAUCCACUCUCACCACCCUGCUCUGCCCCACCUGUGGAGUGACUGGAGCCAGCCACACCACAUCUACUUGGAAGAUGUGACAUAUCUCCCUGAGAGAGCGGCGGCCAGCCUUGGAGACAGUGUGACUGUGCACUGCGUGUUCAACGACCGCAGGGUGAACGCCAGCACGGCAGUCUGGUUUCUGAACCUUGACCGCCUUCCACAGAGCCAGUACACUGCUGUCAACGACCGUGUCAGUAAGAUAACGGUGCAACCGUCUGAGCAGAAACUGUACGACAUCCUGCGUUGCUGCCAACCUUCAGGGGAGAAGUAUAGCUGUAACUACCGCUACGCAACAAUAUACAUUAAAGAUCCGGUCAUAGAUAUCAGCUGUGUAACCAAUGGGGAUCUGGACAGCAUGACCUGUAGGUGGAACAACAUCCAAACUAAAAUCAACUUCCUGUCCAGGGUGGCCGACCUAUCCUGCGAUGUCAUGGAGGAGGCGGAGGCAGAGGAGGAGGUGGGCGGGGCAGUGGGUGUGGUCAGGCAGGCGGUGUGUGUAUCCAGCAGAUCUAGAGAAGUGAAGAGCUGCACUCUGCAGCCAAUCAGAGUGACUUCAUGCUACAAGCUAUGGAUGGAGGCCAAGACAGACAAUGGCACGAGGUCACAUCCUGUCUACAUCACACCUAUGGACCACGUGAAGCCCCACCCUCCCUCGGGCCUUGAGGCAGUGAGCAUGCCAAGUGGGGUCCUGAGGCUCGCGUGGGUGCCCCCAGAACUGCCCCUCUACGAUAUGCAGUACCAGGUUCGCUAUGCCCUCUCCACUGGCAAGGCCCAUCCAUUCUGGCAGGUCCUGGCUUCUCAGGCAGAGUCGUGGGCUGAGGUCCCUGAACCAGAUGUAUGUACGGUGUACAACGUGCAGGUCCGCUGUGUGCAUAUCAACAGGUCUGGGACCUGGAGUGACUGGAGCCACACUCUAUACACCACCCCUCACAACAGCAGAGCUCCUGACCAGGGUCCUGAUUUCUGGCGAGUGUUUCAGGAGGAUCCAGCAAGGAACCAGACUAACGUCACUCUUCUCUUCAAGCAUUUCCCCAUAGUGGAGCCAACCUACUGUGUGGAGGGCCUUGUAGUACAGCACCAGGCCUCUGGGGGCAUUGUGACUGAGGAGCGGAUAGGCCUGGUGUCCUCCUACCGCUUUGAGUGGCGAGAGGAGGUCCACUUUGUGACGGUCAAGGCUCAGAACAGCCAGGGAUACUCCACUAGGAACAUCAACAUGACCCUGGAGAGACACCCAAAACGCCAGUGUGUGCGUUCGUUCUGUGUGUCCCAUGUGAACAGUAGUUGUGUGGUCCUGUCGUGGUCGCUGCAGCACAACAGCAGUGUACCGUGUUCCCUGGUCGUAGAGUGGUCGGGUGAGAACCACCAGAACAGACAGGGUCAGACCACAGUGGGCAGGGAGAGGUGGACCAGGGUCCCCCCUACUGACCAAGUCUUCUACCUACAUGGUGAUUUCUAUGGCUCUGAGGAGUAUGUGUUCAUCUUGUAUCCAGUGUUUACAGAUGGAGAAGGAGAGCCAGUGUAUACUAAAGCCUUUAGGGGGGCCAACGCUGGGCCUGCUGCCUACAUGCUGAUGAUGAUCGCCGCUUUCCUUGCCAUUGUCCUCUUCGUCACCCUGGUCAUAUCCCGAAACCACAUGAAGAAGUUCAUGUGGAAGGAUGUUCCCAACCCAAGCAACUGUUCCUGGGCCCAGGGGGUGGACUUCAGGAAGGCUGAGACUAUGGAGCAGUUGUUCAGCCAACCAGAGGGCCUGCCAGCCUGGCCACCACUCCUCAUCUCAGAGACUAUCUCCCAGGCCACCAUCGUAGAGAAGACUUGUCACCCAGCCCCAGACAGGGACAGCAUCCUGAUCCCAGCCUCCACCCCAUCCCUCUUGGACUUAGAGGUGCCUGAGGUCCCAGAGGAGGAGGAGGAGACCCCCCAGCCCCCAGAUCUCCCCAGGAGUGUGGAGAGCUCAUCCCAGUCGACAGUGACCUAUGCUAUGGUCCUGCUCUCAGAUGACCCCUGCCGGCGCUACAAGCAGAGCGGCAGCCUCAGCCGCUCCAGCGACGAGGGCAACUUCUCCGCCAACAACUCUGACAUUUCCGGCUCCUUCCCCGGAGGCCUGUGGGAGCUGGAGAAUUCCCAUUCCCGAGCCGGAGAGUCGGACCUGGACCCACAGUGUUCAUGCUCUUACAAUUAUGUGGAGGAGUUUUCUGAGAUGUCGGAACAGGAGGAUGAGGCCCUGGGAGGAGAGAGGGAUGGGGGGAUAGAGGAGAAGGACCUGUAUUACCUGGGAAUGGGCUACCAGGAGGAGAGUGAGGAAGAGGAGGAGGAGGAGGAGAAGGGGGAGGAAAACACAGAGGCUAUGCUGCUCAAAGAGGCGGUGGUUCUGCGGAGAGAGUGCUCAUCCAUUGAGUCCAACCCUCUACUUGGGUGUCGGGACUCUAUGUUUAGUGAGUCCAGUGACAAGGCGGCGGUGAUAGGGAUAGGGAUGAUUUCUGUUCCCCUCUACCUUCCCCAGUUCAGAACUGCUCCCUCCAGGCCACUCAAAGCACAGGGCAGCACCCCCAAGCUGUAAGACCUGGUAGUGCCUAAUGUGUUGUUUUACUCUAAUGCUGCUGUUUAGUCCCUCCGGAGGGACAGCACUCAGGAGAGACAUAGACAAUAUUGCGUGGCCGGUGUUCAGCCACUGAACCUUGGCUGUGUCUUAGAUGACACCCUAGUCCCUAUAUCGUAUAGUGCACUUAGAUCCCUAUGGGCCCUGGGCAAAAGUAGUGCACUUAGAUCCCUAUGGGCCCUGUGGCAAAAGUAGUGCACUUGUAUCAGAAAUUUAGAAGACAGGGACAAGGUGUCCGAGGGGGCUAGGCUUACUAGGUGCUAAGCCCACAUCAUAAGGAAUAGGCUGCCAUUUCAUAAGCUCCCUCCCCGUCUACAGUGGCACACUGCUACUCUGCACCUUCAGUCCACACAAGGCCAGCUCUAUAUCAUGUAUCAGAGCUGAGGAGAGGAGACUCCUUUAUCCAGUGCUGCACACUUUCAGGAACUAUUAUAUGCUGUGAUGAAGGGAACGUCAUUACAAAACGAGAGAAAGGGAAUGGCUGCUCUGAGCGCAACACAGAGCACGUGAUAGGAUCCUGUCUCAAAGCAGCACUGGAUAGUUUGACUGGUGAUGAGCAUCAUUGAUGCCGUGUGAAUUUGGAUGCUUUUGGAACAUUUCCCGUAACCGUUGUGGAGAAUUGCCGGUUCAGAUCGGCACUCUGACCGAAACCUCAAACAAUGAAUGUCGCUUUUCUUCGUUGUUUGCACUGUAUUUGAAACUGUGUUUUACGAAAUGUAAAAAAAAAAAUGUGCCAUCUAUUUUCAUCGCGUGCCAUUUGCUAUUGAAAAAGCUAUUGCUAGGUAUACAUUUGAUGGAAGAAUGUACAUUUUGAAUACAAUGAAGACUAUCCCUUGCUGUAGAAGGCAGAAUGAUAUUUAAUGUGUGUCGCGGUGCCUCGUCUAUUUUUCGUGGUCAAAGGUAAAUAUGUAUGGGCCGCGACUUUCGACUUCUUGAGAACGGGUGAACAAGUUGAAGGUUGUCCGCGCUGAGAAAUAUAAAAUACAAAAGCAUUUUCUCUUCCACCGUUACCAAGGCUAUCGGUCACUCAGAGAGCAGAGGAGGUAAAAAAAAAACAGGUUAGGGUUGCAGACGGACAGUCCUAGCAGAUCCAGGAGCCAUUAUAUUUGGUUGUAAUAUUGACUUAGUCACCUGUGGAAUGUCACCCAUAUUGUUAUUGGGUUCUACUAGCUCGGCCUCUGUUUGAGGGAUGAUGGAGACAUUUCAGAUUACUAUCUCAAUAACACUUGCCUUGGAUCAGGUAUUCCCAAGGUACGCGCAAUGCCAUCGGGGGUGCGCCAAAUUAAAAUGUGAUUCACAUGCAGACAUUUAGAAACGAAACAUGACAAUUUGAAAAAUAAGCCACGGGAGAUUUUGGAGCGAGAAUAAGGACGACUUUCGAAUAGUAAGACGUGUAUAAAAGAAACGGAUACCAUUAAUAAGAAGGGGUUAGAUGCGUCUUAUAUGGUGAGCUACCGAGUGGCUAGAACAGGCAAGUCCCAUACUAUUGUGGAGGACUUAAUACUUCCUGCUGCUGCGGAUAUGGCUGGGGGAAAAGGCCCCCCCAAAAAUAUACAGACAAUGUCUUCAUCAAACAACAGUUUUACGACGCAUCAGUGACAUGGCAGGAGAUGUUUUUAAAUAAUUACUGCUUCGCAUACAAGCCAGUGAAUUAUAUGCCUUACAGCUGGAUGAGUCAACAGACUUGGCGGGCCUGGCAUAGCUCCUGGCAUAUGUCCAUUACCUUUAUGGGGGAGUCAAUUAAGGAAGACGUCCUCUUCUGCAAACCACUGGAAACCAGGACAACAGGAGAGGAUCUUGAUAAAGUACUGGACAGCUUUGUGCCAUCAAAUGGACUUUGGUGGUCAAGAUGUGUUGGUAUCUGUACUGUUGGUGCAAAAGCCAUGACAGGGAGACAUAGUGGAGUGGUAACGCGCGUGCAAGCAGUUGCUCCCAACGCCACUUGGGUACACUGCAGCAACCACCUACACUGCAGCAACCACCGAGAGGCUCUUGCUGCCAAGGGAAUGCCUGACAGCUUGAAAGAUGUUUUGGACACUACAGUGAAAAUGGUUAACUCUGUUAAAGCAAGGCCCAAGCAACUCUCGUGUAUUUUCUGCAUUAUGCAAUGAUACGGGCAGCGACCAUGUAACGCUUUUACAACAUACGCUGGUUAUCAAGGGGCAAAGUAUUGACACAUUUAUUUUUUUAAAUUGAGAGACUUAAGUUUAAAGUUUUCUUUAUGGACCAUAAUAUUCACUUGUCUGACCACUUGCAUGAUGACGAGUUUCUCACACGACUGGUCCAUCUGGGUCAUGUGACACUGAUGCCUUUUGCAACCACUGUACCUACGUGAGAGUGGAUUCUCGGUCCUCAUUAGCAUGAAAAUGAAAUACAGGCACAGACUGUGUGUGAAAAAUGAUUUAAGACUGAGACUCUCUCCAAUACAACCCAACAUUACAGAGUUAUGUGCACCCUUUCAAGCACACUCUUCUCAUUAACCUGUGGUGACCUAUUCACAAGUUUUGAUGAACUAAAUAAAGAGCAAAAUUAUUGAUUA